AUGGAGAUGGAGGGGACAGGGAUUGGUGGGGACACUAAGCCGGGGGUGGAGGUGGGGGGCUGCGGGACAGCACACAGCGGGUCGGGGGGGACGGGGGACAGGGACAGGGAUGCCACGGUCCCCGUGCGUCCCCAGACGUACGUGCAGGACGUGCUGCGGGCACAGCUGGCGGCCGAGGUGCACCGGGUGCUCUGCCAGCACGGGGGCCACAUGUACGUGUGCGGGGACGUCACCAUGGCCACCGAGGUGCUGCAGAGCGUGCAGCACAUCCUGGCCCAGGAAGGCGACAUGACGCUGGGGCAGGCGGGGGACGUCAUCAGCGAGCUGAGGGACAAGAACCGCUACCACGAGGACAUCUUCGGGCUGACGUUCCGCACGCAGGAGGUGGCCCUGCGCAUCCGCAGCCAGUCCUUCUCCCUGCAGGAGCGGCGCCCGCCGGGCCCGCCCUGAGCGCGGGGGCGCGGGGACACGGGGGCUGCGCCC